AUGACUUCUACCGUCAAGACUGCAGCUCUCUCCCUCCUGCUGGCUGCUGCCGCUAAUGCCGGUCCCCUUGAGGCCCGCGCCAGUGGUGUCCAAGGCUUCGACAUCUCCGGUUAUCAAAGCGAUGUAGACUUUGCCAGUGCCUAUGGAGCCGGUGCCCGCUUCGUCAUGAUCAAGGCCACUGAGGGCACCAGCUACAUUGAUAAGUCCUUCUCCAGCCACUACGAGGGGGCAUCCUCAGCCGGUCUCAUCCGAGGCGGUUACCACUUUGCGCAACCCGCCUCCAGCUCAGGAGCCAGCCAGGCCGAAUACUUCCUGGCCCACGGUGGCGGCUGGUCCAAUGAUGGCAAGACCCUCCCGGGAAUGCUGGACCUGGAGUACAAUCCGUCCGGCUCGACCUGCUACGGCCUCAGUGCGUCCGACAUGGCCGCCUGGGUCAAGGACUUUGGCGAGACCUACAAUAGCAAGACUGGCCGCUACCCCAUGAUCUACACCACCGCCGACUGGUGGAAAACUUGCACGGGUAACAAUGGGGACUUUGGUGCCGACUACCCUCUGGUUCUGGCGCAAUACGCCAGCUCGAUUAGCACCAUUCCCAAUGGCUGGUCGACCCAGAGCUUCUGGCAAAACACAGAUUCGUACAAGUAUGGUGGUGACUCGGAUCUGUGGAAUGGUAGUGAGGACAACCUUAAGAAGUUCGCCAAGGGCUCAUAG